AUAUAAGCCUGUGUCCACCGUUCCUCUAUGAUGUAGCUAGCGUUAUACAGCCAUGUGGAACCGCCUGUGCUUCAUCCUGGCGGUCCUUGCCGCCAUACAAGCUACAGCAGUCAGAAAGAAGAACUUCAGAGCCAAACGACAGGCGUACUACAACAGCGGCAUUAGCGGGAACUAUGUGUGGAAAACUCCUGUGGAUGUGGAAUUUGUCCUCGAUUCUUCGGACAGUGUGGGGGCAGACAACUUCCGGUAUAUGAUCCAAUACGUGCAGAACCUCGUCCGUCACUGGGACAUAGGCCCGCAACGCGUACAGGUGGGCGUGGUUACCUAUGGUAAUGGCGCCAGAAACCAGUUCUACCUCAACAACUACCAGACAGGGGCGCAGCUAGUCAACGCCAUUGGAAACAUCCAGUAUCAGAGUGGAGCUGCAGAUCUGGGGAAUGCUUUCAGAUUCGCCUAUGGAGAUGCCUUCACCAGCCAACAUGGAUCACGUGAUCAUGUGCCACAUGUCAUAGUACACAUUGGCAAUGGUGUGUCCAGUAACAAAGCCUUCACCCUGCAGGAGGCCCAGGCGGCCCGGGAUCAUGGUAUAACCAUCUACAACGUUGCUGUUGGAAGUGGUGUAGAUAACAACGAGGUUCAAAAUAUCGCCACAAACCCAGCCUCGAGAUAUCUGCUACACGCUGACACCUACCAGUCACUAGACACGCUCGUCAACCCACUGGCAACAAAGAUCGAGAACGAGGUUCCUGGGUCCAACACAAUGCUACCUCAAGCUAACGGCUGUCUGCAGAAGGCGGAUCUGGUUUUCAUGAUCGAUUCCUCCUCCAACGUUGGCGAUGCUCAACAUCAGCAGCUGGAACAGUUCCUGAAGGACUUCAUAAUAAGACUACCAAUCGGCAAGGACAAAGUGCAGGUUGGUCUGGUUCAGUACAGCAGUCACCCAGCAGAUGGCUUCCCUCUCAACAUGUACACCGACAGGAUGGACCUCUUGAAGGCCGUGGACACACUACGCUAUAUGGGUGGUGGAACAAACACUGCUGACGCCCUCAAGUACAUGAGGGAACAAGCCUUCUCGUCAGUAUCUGGGGCAAGGACUGAUGUUCCUAGAAUCGGCAUAAUUAUAACCAACGGACAUUCUUCUAACCCAACGGCAACCACCACUGAAGCUGACAAAGCUCGAUCUAGCGAUAUAGGACUAAUUGGGGUCGGAGUGGGCUCUGGCGUCGAUCUGAAUGAGUUGUACAACAUUGCUGACAACCCUCAUACAACUAACACCUUCACCAUCAGUGACAACGACCAGAUGCAAAAUUCCAUACCACAGAUUCUAAAUGCAGCAUGUAACAUGAAUCGGAUGCUUCCCGGCCACACAGGACAGGGGGUUACACAUCUCCCAGACACAUGUCAGGACAAGCUAACCAACUGCGACGAGUAUGAAGAGAGUGCGUGUGUUGAUUAUAAGCCUUGGGCCACAGAGAACUGCGCUAGAUUCUGCAAGAUCUGUACACCCCUGUACACCGUCACUGAGGAGUGCAAAGACUCGUUGGACAACUGCAAGAUGUACGGAGCCGACGUGUGUCAGAAAUUCGCCCCCUGGGCACACACCAACUGUCGUCAGUACUGCGGAUUCUGUGCUGACGCAUCAUCAGGAUUCUAUGGUCAAUGUUUCUACAAGGGCAAAGUGUACAAGCAGGGCGAUAGAUGGGACGAUGGUUGCGACUAUGAAUGUGUGUGUGAGAGCGGCAACACUGGGAAAUACCGCUGCUAUAACAAGUGCCCUAUAUAUAACGAUUUGCCGAGCCAGUGCACGCUCGUGGUCACCCCGGGUCAAUGCUGCCUCAAGCCCGUGUGCAACUUUCAGCAGAAGGUCACGACCAACACUGGAUCAGGGAUUGGCAAAACACCAACUGGAAUCAGUGUGUGCGUGUACGAUGGUAAACAGUAUUAUCAAGACGAAAGUUGGGAGGUUGGCUGUGACUUCAAAUGUAGCUGCAUCAACGCUCAACAAGGGGUUUACAGCUGCCAGUCUUACUGCCCAACAUACAGGAAUCUUCCUUCUUCCUGCCAUCUGACCAAGGCUCCAGGCAUGUGCUGUGAAACACCAUCUUGUGACUUCAACCAGCAGGUCGGCAGUUUUUCUGGAAGCGGGGCCACUUCUGGUAUCGGCAGUUCAACCACGCCCAAAAAAACAUCGCCGUGUGAGGAUGUCCUACCAAACUGCAACAUGUACGACGCGACAUCAUGCAAGGCACCCUACAGACAGUGGGCUGUUGACAACUGCAAGAAAACAUGCAAUCUGUGCGAAAACGGACUCACUAAGCCGGGACCAAAUGAUGUGUGUAUCUACGACGGGAACACCUACCACCAGGGGGAAGCCUGGCGAGUCUCCUGUGAUCUGGAGUGUGUGUGUGAACAAGCAACAUUUGGAUACUACAGAUGUAGUAAUAAGUGCCCGACCUACAACAACAUUCCCAAUGGUUGUUACACCAAGAAGAAGGCCGGGGAUUGCUGCGAGACUGUUGUGUGUGACAGAGGCACUUUUGUUCCCUCCACUACUAACCUCAAAUCCAUCGGAAACGGAGGGGGAAUUAUAGUGACUGGUUUAGGUGGAUCCCAGAUUAACGUCCCCCCUACCUUCCCCAGUGGUGCCACACCUGGCCCGGGAACGGGCGGGACCGGCAUGCAGGCUCCUACACUCAAUGGUUGUCUGUACAGCGGCAAUCUGUACGUGCAGGGACAACAGUGGACGGAUGGCUGCCAGCAGACUUGUGUCUGUACUGACGCCACAAAGGGGCUUUAUAGCUGUAGAGCCAGAUGUCCUACAUAUCAAGGCAUACCUCAAAACUGCAUUAUGAAAGCUGACCCGAAUGACCCAUGUUGUAAGAUUCCAAACUGUAACCCUCUGGCCGGCCAACUGCCAAUCCCAGUGUACGGACCAAACGUUCAGAACAUAGGAGCCGUGCAGCCUCCAAGUAUUGGCGACCUUAUCACCGGCACCUUCACUGUGAAGCACACUAUCAACUUCAAUGGUGGCACAGUAGCGCCACCCACAGCGCCGUCAGUGUUACCCUCUGGAACUGGAAUAGGGUACUGUGAGUACAAAGGACAGCGGUACACCCAGGGUCAGGCAUGGCAGGACGGAUGUAAUUACAACUGUGUCUGCCAGGACGCCUCUAUCGGGAAAUGGAAGUGUAACGACAGGUGUCUGAAGUAUGAGAAUCUGCCAAAACCUUACUGCAUUCUGAUCCAAGACAAGGAUAACCCCUGCUGUAAGGUACCUCACUGUGAUUUCACCGGCAAAUACGGGGAUUUCUUUGGUUCACUGACUCCUCCUCCAGUCACCCAGCCGAGGACGCAAUACCCACCGACAUUCCCAGUGAUCACCACGCCUGCCCCAGCGUUUUGUGACUACAAAGGCCAAAAGUACAACCAAGGACAGAUGUGGUAUGAUGCUUGCAGCUUUAAAUGUACUUGUGACAACGCCCGAGCUGGUUACUACAGAUGUGUCAACAGAUGCCCGCAGUAUGACAACGUACCCGCAGAUUGCACUAUGAUGUCCGACCCACAGGAUCCCAUGUGCUGCAAGGUCCCUAAAUGUAUCUUCACCCCAACCUCCGGUGGGACGUCUGGCCAAGGCAACAUACCUACACUCAGCCCGGGUCAUUUCAUCAACCAGAAGCCUGGCGGCAACCCAUCGGGCGUCGGCUACUGUGAAUACCAGGGCAAACGGUAUCAACAAGGUGACAAAUGGCUAGAUGGCUGCCAGCUCAAGUGCGAGUGCCAAGACGAAGACAGUGGUCUGUACAAGUGCACUGAGAGAUGUCCUCGCUAUGCUGAUAUGCCGCCACAGUGCAAGCUUAUCCCAGAUUUUACCGACCCAUGCUGCCAGAAGCCUUCUUGUGACUUUUCGGGUACUUCUGGGUCUCUGUCAGGCCAUGGUGACCUCAAGACCCCAGCCCCAGGGUACUUCACCCCUUCCCCCGGCUACACAGGAACCCCUAUACCAGCCUACUGUGUAUACAGUGGUGCCAAGUUCUUCCAGGGCGACACAUGGAAUGAUGGCUGUGACAAGCGAUGUCGCUGUGAAGAUUCUGUGAAGGGUCUCUACGUCUGCAAUGACAGAUGUCCCCAGUACGGCAGUCUGCCAGCACAAUGUUCAUUUAUAGCUGACCCCAAGGACCAGUGCUGUAGAGUCCCGUCCUGUCAGUUUGUACCUACUCAGGGUCAGAUCACUGGCACCAUGACACCCAACAUGAUCCCUACGGCUGUGCCCGGUAAAAUCACUGGACAGGUUCCCACCCCGACCACAGGGCCUGAUGGAAAGACCCCAGCGCCAAUCAACCACUGCAUCUACAAGAGCCAGAUCUACCAGCAGGGUCAGGAAUGGGAGGAUGGUUGCGACUACCACUGCACUUGCCAGGAUGCACUCAAUGGGAAAUAUGUUUGCAAGGAAAAGUGUGCACAAUACAACAACCUUCCCCCGCAGUGUAGACUGGUGAAAGAUGCAAGUAACCCAUGCUGCAUGACUCCAAACUGUAUUUUCUCUGGCACAAACGGUGGGCUCUCAGGCAUUGGACAGAUAACACCAAAACCUAAUGUCUCACCCUCCCAAGGAACUGGGCCUACCCCUAAUCCCAAUGUUACACCAACACCUAAACUGCCCAAAUCCGUAUGUGUGUACCGGGGCCAGCCCUAUACCCAGGGUCAAACCUGGUUUGAUGGGUGUACCUACAAGUGUGUAUGUGAGAACGCGGACCAGGGCGUGUACAGAUGUGAUAACAGGUGUCCAGCAUGGGAUAAACUUCCAUCCGAGUGCCGUCUGGUGGCUGAUCCUAAAGACCCGUUCUGCUGCACGGUACCGAAGUGUGACUUCAAGCCUCAUUCCGGCCACACCACGGGCUUUGUCCUGCCUUCUGUAGCCCCGGGGACCAUAACUGGUGGCGCUGUGAUCCCUACACCUGGGCCUGACGUCACCCCCAAACCCGGAGUGUCUCCUUCUCCCGGCGUCUACCCACAGCCUACACAAGCCCCUGUACCCCAGGGUGUGUGUGUUUACAAAGGGAAGACCUACCAGAAAGGACAGCAGUGGCAAGAUGGUUGUGACUACAACUGCGAGUGCCUUGAUGUUACCGGCAAAUACAAGUGCACGGAGCGGUGUCCUCGCUAUGGUUCAAUCCCUAGUGAGUGUAGAAUGGUACAGGACAUCUACAACCCAUGUUGUGAGAAACCCUACUGUGACUUCACACCGGGUCACGGUUCAAUCUCGGGUACCGGUCUACCAGGCGUCUCUCCAACUGCUUCGCCCACACCCAAAAAGAUGUGUGUGUACAACGGAGUGGCCUACGACAAGGGUCAGACGUGGACCGAUGGCUGUCAACUGAAAUGUACCUGUGAAGACUCCGUCCAGGGAGUGUAUAGAUGCGAUCAGAGAUGUGCUAGGUACGACACAGUUCCCGACGGCUGCAGCCUGACAACUGACCCAAGUGAUUCCUGCUGCCGUGUUCCCAACUGCAGCCCCAUUCCAAACCCAACACCCAGCCAGACAACCUAUGGCCCGGGUAUAUCUCCAUCAAUACCACCAACCUAUGGCCCAGGGAUCAAUCCUAACAUCGCUGCUACCCCGCAGCCAUACCUGUUCCCCACCGCACCGCCUGGCAAGAUCACCGGGCAGACUGUCAACAACCCCGACAAGAAUCAUCCCCAGAACACAUCUGUGUGUCUGUACCAUGGAGUGGCGUACACACAGGGCCAGAAAUGGACUGAUGGAUGCGAUUACCAGUGUGAAUGUACUGACCAGUACAGCGGCAAAUACAUCUGUACCGAGAGGUGUUCAGUUUUCCUGAACACGCCACCUUUCUGUGUAAUGGCCGUGGAUCCCACUGACAACUGUUGCAAGAAGCCGAUGUGCAGCCCGCUUACUGGUCUGACGCCAAGCCCUCAUAGCACACCCGCCCCCACCCCGGGGGUCAACGUGUCACCAGGAGUCAGUCCCACUCCCGCCACUGGUGUUAGACCAACGCCUACAGGUGUGUGUGUGUACCGAGGAACCACCUAUGUCCAGGGCCAGCAGUGGUACGAUGGAUGCACCAAGUCAUGUAUAUGUGAAGAUGGGAAGACUGGUUUCUACAGAUGCAGUGAUAGGUGUGCCAAAUACGACAACCUUCCACAACAGUGCCGCAUGGUUGCCGAUCCAAAAGACCCGCAAUGCUGUCAGGUUCCUGAGUGUUCCCCUACCCCUGGCCCUAACGGCUACCCCACCCCGGGACCAGGCAUUUCACCCACGCCAUCAGUCGUAACCAAUGUGCCUGGCUUUGUGACUGGAGUGGCUCCGACCCCUACAGCUGGACCUGACGGCAAAACACCAGCACCGACACUUGCAUGCAUCUACAAGGGCCGCACGUACCGGGAAGGAGAACAAUGGCAGGAUGGCUGCCAGUAUAACUGUGUGUGUGAAGAUGAAGUGACGGGCAAAUAUAAGUGUACCGAGAGAUGUGCUAAGUAUCCAUUCAUCCCGCCCCAAUGUUCACUACGGAGAGAUACGGACAAUGAUUUCUGCUGCUAUAAGAUGGUGUGUGACUUCGCCAAACCUACCGUCAACCCGUAUCAGACACCAACGCCCGGACCCAACCAGACGCCAGCACCCGUGAUAAGUUUCUGCAUGUACAAGGGCGUGCCGUAUCGUCAAGGUGAGGAGUGGACUGAGGGCUGUUUACAGAGGUGUAGGUGUGACGAUGCCUCCCGGGAUUAUUACACAUGUUCUAACAGAUGUCCGAGUUACGACAUACCGCCAUCGUCAACGUGCACCCAGGAAGUCGACCCCAGCGAUGCCUGCUGUCGGGUUCCUCACUGUGUGCAGACUCCAACACCAUCUCCUAAUGUGGGACCCAGCCCUAAUCCUAAUGUCAAGCCCACCCCCAACCCUUACCCCCAGCCAACAAUCAUUCCUCAUGGCACUAUUGGUGGGGAAAAUGCGAACAAGAACCCACUCACCAACCAAGGGUUCUGUAUCUACAAGGGCAAGGUGUACAAGCAAGGCGACAGAUGGCAAGAUGGUUGUGACUACAAUUGUGAAUGUGUGGAUGACAAGAGUGGGAAGUACACGUGUACAGAGAGAUGCAAUAAAAUUGCCAGCAUUCCUGCCUUCUGUAACGUCAUUCAGGACCCGUAUGACACAUGUUGCAAAAAGCCUGACUGUCCUACCAUUUCACCAGUAGUGACGACUCAACGGCCAAAUCCCUUCUCCUCUCAAACACCAAAAUCUCCCAACCCUUUCCCGACGCCAAAUCCAAAUGGAACACCAAGUCCAAACAAUGUAUGCGUGUAUAAGGGACAGUCCUACACGCAAGGCCAGCAGUUCUUUGAUGGAUGUAAUAAAAAGUGUGUUUGUGAAGAUUCAUCAACGGGCCGAUACUCGUGUGUAGACAGGUGCCCGAGCUACAGCAGUAUUGCCCCUAACUGUGUGAUGGUGCCCGACCCCCUUGACCCCACCUGCUGCCAGGCUCCCCAGUGUAACAACCAGCCACAUCAAACCCCUACUGGGAUACAGGGUACUAUCACGGGCUACGGCAAGCCACCUACACCCGCACCACAAGCCACUCCACUCCCAGGAGGCAUCACCCCGACACCCGGUGUCACCCAGCAACCAACACCUGCAUCCGGGUGUGUGUACAAGAGCAAACUGUACACGCCCGGGCAGACAUGGGCGGAUGGCUGCGACUACACAUGUGUGUGUGAAGAUGGGAUGACAGGCAAAUACCAGUGCACGGAGAAAUGCCCCAAGUACCCCAACAUGGCGCCCGGCUGUCGCAUGGUAGCAGACUUUACCAACCCCUGUUGCAUGAAGCCUGAUUGUACGGCUCCCACCCCAGGACCAUCCGUCAAGCCACCCUUGGGACAGACGCCUGCCCCAACAUCCUCACCCCCACUCAAUCCUUCUUUGGAUUUCUGUGUGUACAAUGGUGUUCCCAUCAAGCAAAGUCAGACAGUGAAUGUUGGGUGUGACAAGGUGUGCCGCUGUGAUGACGCCAUGACUGGCCAGGUCAACUGUGAUGACAGGUGUGCUACAUACCCACAACUGAAGCCCGGAUGUACGAAGAUAACUGACCCCAAUGAUGCUUGCUGCCAGAUUCCAAAGUGCAAUAGCCCCAACACAAAUGGUAACCAACAUUAUUCAGCCCCGUAUGCUGCCAUCCCAGGUCUGUUCCGGAAUGUCCCAUCCCGAGCAUCCGGCUAUUUCAUCCCGUUCAGCCGGUUCGGCCAUUUGCGUUCGGCAUUGAACGUCCAUCUGUUCAUUCAUUCUGGCGGAAUAUCCUCUGAGUUCGUUCGUUCUGCUCGAUCCACCGUCGUCCCUUCCGAAACGGCCUUGUCAGAUUUGAUGUUCCACGUUUUCAUUGAGGCCGCCCGGAAGGUGGCUGAUUUGACGGUUCCGUUCCGCCACCUCAGCGCCAUUUCGUUCCGCAUCAAUAUCCAGUCACUUCAUACGGUUCAGCCGCUACGUGCCGGAGCAAUGCCGCCUGUCCCGGAUGGCGUUAACGGACGGUUGCGUCAUUAUGCGGUUUGGAGUUCGCUGCGUCCGAAUGGUCGCAAAAUGCCAGCAGCCCCAGUCCAGCCCGGCCCCUUUGUCCUGUCCGUUGUGAUUGUGUUACCAGACACAUGUGUUACCCCGGACGGCACACUGUAUACCAAGGGCCAGACCUGGGCAAACGGCUGCAAGGAGACGUGCACCUGUGAAGACUCGGUCACGAACGACAUGAGAUGUAACCAGAGGUGUCCAGGUAUUGCCGCCAUCCCGUCCUUCUGCCAGAUGGUGCCUGACCCCCAGGACUCCUGUUGUAAGACGCCUUCAUGUAAUUACAAGGGUACACCUCUCACUCCAAUGAUUGGCAACAAACAACCCACCACCUCACCAACACUCAGCCCUACAAUCACGAAUGUCCUGCCUAUAGGCACUCACAGCGUAUUCUCUGGCACUGGGCACCCACCCGGAACAGUCUACUCCACGUCUAUGGGAGGAAGAGAUGUGUGUGUGUACAAAGGCGUGAUGCAUCGUCCCGGCGAAUCUUGGGAUGAUGGCUGCAAGUUUACAUGUACCUGUCAGAUCAAGGGAAAUGGCCUUUACACGUGCAGUGACAAGUGCCCGACGUACCCGCCUCUGCCCUCGUACUGCAACUUCGUCCCUGUUGUUGGCCAGUGCUGCCCCAGUCUGCACUGUGACGUCCCCAAAGUAGGACAGUACCACCCUGUGCCUCAACUCAACCCUAGUCUCACACCAAGCCUCAGCCCUGGUCAGGCUCCCACCAUGCAGCCAACCACCAGCCCUCAACUUAUCGUUGGGCCUGGUCAAGGAAACGUGUUUGGUGGAAGUGGCCAGCCCGGACAUGGCUCCCCACUACCCUCCAACCCCACAAUAGUCGGGGGGAUUACUGACAAGUGUGUCUACAAAGGCAAGAUGUACAACCAGGGAGAAAAGUGGGAUGACGGCUGUCAGUACUCGUGUACCUGCAUUGAAUCUAUGUCAGGAUUCUACAAGUGUCUGCCUAAAUGUCCGACCUACUCCAAAGACAUGCUGCCAAGUGGCUGUUAUAUGACUCACGCUGUCGGUCAGUGCUGUGACACCCCCGUGUGCUCUAAGCCUGAUGGUUCAACAGUUAACCCACUGUUACAACCCAACGUCUACCCAGUGUAUGGCUCAUUCACUGGCGGCUUCACUGGUUUCCGUCCUGGUUACACUCCCGGCGUCGCAAAGACAUACGGAGGUCGAAUAGAUGCCUGCCUGUACAAGGGCAGUCUCUACAGUUUAGGACAGAGAUGGACAGAUGCAUGUGACUAUGACUGUCAAUGUAUCGACACCUCAGUCGGACAAUACAAAUGUACUCCCAAGUGCCCAACCUACACCAAGCUGCCUCCAAUGUGUAAGAGUGUGAGUGUGACUGGCCAGUGCUGCCCGCAGGUAUCGUGCGGUUCACAGAACACCGUCCCCACGCCUUCAGUCACCCCUCAGAGCGGCGUCACCGGUCCCUGUAUUGAUGUAUUGACCAACUGUGAGCUGUAUGCUGACUCGUCCUGUAAGGCUCCCUAUCUAGACUGGGCCAAGAAGAACUGUGCUCGACGCUGUGGAAUAUGUUAUACACCCACCCAAAGCACUGGCUGUCAGGACAAACUGGCCAACUGUGCCAGCUACAGCAAAUCAUCAUGUGUCGGCGAGUACCAACAGUGGGCAAAGGUCAACUGUCAGAAAUACUGUGACCUCUGUCCCGGCGCCACAUCUACUCCCCCCACGGGCUGUGCAGAUAAACUCAACAACUGCCACUCCUAUAGCAGCUAUUCGUGCUCCGGUCAAUAUGAGCAAUGGGCUAGGACCAACUGUGCAUCAACCUGUGGAUAUUGCCCCACUGGCACCGGUGUACAGCAGGGACAUGGUGGAGGAAUCGGUGUACCUGCUACCGGCUGGACAAUAUUGAUGAAGGGUGUUGCGGGUGUACCAGGCGACCUGUAUCAGCUAUGGGCGUCACCCAACACCGCCAGCGCCAACGUGCCCUCCGCACAGUACUUGACCAGCACCUACCCACAUUCAUACAAGCCAGAUUUGUCCAACAAAUGGAAAGACUGUAACUUUGAUAAUGUAAAGGUUGGGAUCUUCAACAACGGUGUGGAGAAGGCAAGUAUUGUGUUUGACGCUCAUGGAGCGGACAAGAUGAGCUGGUUUGAUCCUAGCAGAAUCAUCUCCUCCACGUGGACUGACAUCAAGACUGCACCCAAGAGCAUCUUCUCCAUGAUGGGAGACCCAAUCACGGGACGGGAGUUUUAUACUAGCGGCCAGUCCGGGUCUUCGUGCGAUGCUUCCGGGUGGAUGAUGAUCUCCACAAGACCAGGAUGCACCUAUGAAACAACUGGGACAAAGCCAGCAUUCUACUAUGUACCAGGAACAACCCAAGCGAAAUUCAGCCAGAGUAAGAUAUUUAUAGUGUGUGUGACGAAUGUCUAUGGGUGUACAGGUGCCCUGUUUACAAGGAAGACGUCUAUGUGUAACGAAUGUCUAUGGGUGUGCAGGUGCCCUGUUUACAAGGACCUCCCGACAGGUUGCAAGAUGGUGAAGAAGCCCGGAGAGUGCUGCGCCAAGCCCAACUGUACCGGCCCAGGAGGGGCCUCGUGCCUAUACAAAGGAAAUUACUACACCCAAGGCCAGACCUGGGAAGACGGCUGUGACUUCAAAUGCAAGUGUGUGGACGCCAGCAAGGGCUACUACCAGUGUGAUCUCAAGUGUCUCCAGUGGCAACUACCCAAGGUGUGCAGUAUGUUGGCACCUCCUGCCGGCAAGUGCUGUCCCGUCCCCCACUGCCCCGACGGAUAUGUUAUCAACUACCCGCCCAAUUACGUGCAGGAGUAGGCCGACCUCACCAAGUGUAGUCUACUGUACAUACCAUUUUUGAUAAAAGUGAAAAACGUUUGAAAAGA